AUGCUUGGUCGCUUGAGCCCGCUUCGCUCUCUCUACGUCUUAAGACAGAUACUACAACAUCGCUCUUUCACCCUGAGUACGCAGCGUUUGCAGCGUAUCAGUAGCGGCGAUGCGAGGGUACAUGACUUCGCAGAAGCCUUCGAGUACAUCUCCGGCCGGUGGCUAUACAACGAACACCUGCGCUUGAGCGAAAGACGCCUCAAGUUCAACAUAACUGCACUCCUGGAUGCUGGAGCACGAUCGAUAGGACGAGUUACAUCCGAUGUUCGAUCAUUCAGGAAGCUGGCUGAGGGCGGCUUCAACCGAGUCUUCGAGCUUACAAUGCAUGAUGGCGUCCAGCAACUCACGACCGCAAGUGAGGUCGCUACGAUGGAUCUCGUUCGAAGUCACGGUGUCCCAGUGCCUAAGGUGCUUGACUAUUCGACUGACGCUGCUAAUUCGGUCGCUGCGGAGUACAUUUUGACGGAGAAAGUCUGUGGCCGGUCUUUGGGUGAUGUGUGGUUCACCAUGUCCGACAAAGAAAGGCUCAAGGUUCUGUCUGCUGUUGUUGACAACGAGGCGAAGCUCUUUGCCAUCGAUCUCCCAGCGAGCGGUAGCAUUUUCUAUAGCGAAGAUCUCCCACGGACCAUGGAAAGGGUGGCACUUCCCUCCAACGAACGCUCAUCGAAGACGCUAUGUGUCGGCCCUGAUAUCUCACCAAAGUUCUGGUUCGCGGAGCGCAGCCAAUUGGGUAUACAGAGAAAACCAUUUGCAGCCGUAACAGAAGCUCUCCAAGGCGCCGCUCUCAAAGAGAUUGCUUGGCUGGAGACGUACGGAAAGCCUCGCUUCCCCCGGGAACGUAUGUACCGAGACAUUACGAACUUUCAAAAGUCGCAACCUGAAGAGCACCUGGAAAGUCUCCGAAAGUACUUACAGAUUGCACCAUCUCUGGUGCCGAAAGAAUCGUGGCUCAGCAAGCCAACACUCCGUCAUCCCGACCUCAAUUCGAACAACAUUUUUGUGUCCGACGACUACGAGGUUGUGAGUAUCAUUGAUUGGCAGCACAGUAGAGCACUACCAUUGUUCCUACACACUGGUAUAACUCACCACUUCCGAAACUUCGGAGACUCGCAAUCGGAAGCCCUGGUCAAGCCUGAACUACCAGCAGAUCUUGAUGAGAUGCAUGACGACCGCCGAGGAUAUGAGCUCGAGAAGUAUCGUAGACGACAUGUACAUUUCUACUAUGCGGGCGCCACUGCUACUAAAUACCCGCGUCAUUUCGAUGCCUCAAUGCACGAGGGCGGACUCUUUCGACGCCGGAUCGACGAACACGCCGCACAACCCUGGGAAGGUAACAGCAUACCUCUCAAGGCAGACCUCAUCCAUCUGACACAAGAGUGGUCGCAAUUCGCGGAGUCACAAGACGGCCCACCUCCUUGCCCACUCAGCUUCGAAGCGGAAGAGGCCGAGCGAGUUCUGCAAGGAGCCUUGAAACAAGAAGAAGCGGACAAUAAGUUGGAAAUUGUGCGAAACUACAUGGAAGCUGGAAGCGACGGCUGGUCUGCACGAAUGAAGGCACAGGUACUGGAAAACGCCGACAAUGACGAAGAACGUGAAGAGGUAGAAAGGUACUGGAUGUUUGACGACUUCGAUGAGGAGGAGUAG